GAUACUGUAAAACAGUCUCAGUUUUUACAAGUCCCUUCCUCUUUGGAAAUCUCUGAUACCAAAGAACCUGGUGAGUCCUGUGGCAGCUCCACGUACCAGACUGCCCAUAUGUCUCCUCACUCCAGUGAUGAUCCAUGGCAAGAAGCCUCCAGUGAUGAUCCAUGGCAAGAAGCCUCCAGUGAGGAUCCAUGGCAUGAAGCCGCCAGUGAUGAUCCAUGGCAGGAAGCCUCCAGUGAUGAUCCAUGGCAUGAAGCCCCCAGUGAUGAUCCAUGGCACGAAGCCCCCAGUGAUGAUCCAUGGCAAGAAGCCUCCAGUGAUGAUCCAUGGCACGAAGCCUCCAGUGAGGAGUCAUGGCACGAAGCCUACAACGACGGUCCCCAGUCCGGAGUCUCCAGCGACGUUCCCCAGUCCGGAGCCUCCAGCGACAGUCCCCAGCCCGGGGCCCGCAACAAGGGUGCCCAGUCCAGGGCCCGCAACGAGGGUGCCCAGUCCGGCGUCGGCGACGAGGGUCCCCGCACCAGAGGUGCCACCAAAGUGGGGUGAGCCAGUGGUGGAGCGGGGUCUGCGUCCCGCACCUGAGCCGCCACCGCGGAUAGAUGCCCACCCAGACCCUCCC